UCGAUCCUUCCCAAAAUUUCAUCUCCCCCGUCCCGAUUUAGCCAGACGGUCACGCGCACCGGCGGCGGCACACCACUCACCAGGGCUUCGUCCCGAUGAAGCGCAAGCGCGCCUCGUCGCCUGCGCCGUCGGGCCCUGUCACGCUCCGGCCGCCGGGCUUCGUAGCUGACAGGGCGGAGGCGGCGGCCCGCGUGGAGCGGCUUCUUCGCUACGAGUUCCACGACCGCUCCCUGCUCGAGGAGGCGCUCACCCACCAGUCCUUCGCCGCGGCCUCGUACCAGAGGCUCGAGUUCGUCGGGGACGCGGCGCUCGGCCUCGCCUUCUCUAACUUCCUCUACCUCACCAACCCCACCGUCGGCCCCGGCGCGCUCUCCACGCUCCGGGCCGCCAACAUCAACACCGAGAAGCUGGCGCGCGUCGCCGUGCGCCACGACCUCUACCCGCUGCUCCGACGCAACUGUCCUCGCCUCGAUCUCUUGGCAGGGCAGUUUAUUGAGUCGGUGAAAGAAGAGUUAGAGGAUGACCUUGGCACUACGCCCUAUGGUGGCAGUGAUGUUAAGGCUCCCAAGGUGCUUGCUGAUAUAGUUGAGGCCAUUGCUGCCGCUGUCUAUGUGGAUUGCAAAUUUAAUCUUGAGAAGCUCUGGAAGGUAACAAGGUUCCUCUUUGAGCCCAUUAUCACGGCAGAAACAAUAGAUGAGCAACCUGUUUCUAUGUUGCAUGAACUGUGCCAGAAACAUGGGAAGGAUCUAGAAUUCAAGCCUCGGCAGAAGGGUGGAACAACGGUUGUAGAUGUAAUUGUUGGUGGGGCACUUGUUGGGAUGGGCUCCUCAAAGCAUAUGGGAAUCGCUAAGCUCAAUGCCACACGGGAUGCAUUAAGCAAGCUUCUUGGUGGAGGCAGUCAGCAAGUGUUGACAACUGGAGUUGGCCAUGGAGAGGGGCAUGAGGUUGGAGAGCUUAGGGAAUGCAAGCAGAAGCUUAAUGAACAGUGCAGCAGGAAGCAUUGGCCAAAACCCAUCUUUAAGUUAGAGAAGGAAGAUGGCCCGGCACAUGAUAGGACAUUUGUUUACUCCGUUCAGGUAGAAACCCCAGGUGCUAGUUGUGUGACUAUAGGUGAUCCGAUGUCAAGAGUAAAGGACGCGGAGAAUUCUGGUGCACAUAAGAUGUUGGAAUAUCUAUUGAAAUUGUGAGAUCCCUAUAGUCAUUUGGAAAGAACAUAUUUCUAUCCCUUUGUGAACCAUAGUCUGAGGUUGUGUCUAGCAAAAAUAAUAACAAUACAGAAAGUAUUGCAUCUCUUCACAAAAAUGACGAUUCAAACUUAUAUAUGGAAGUGUUAUGACCGGGCAGACUUAUACCCUUAGGAGGCCCACCGGACAUGCUUA